CCGCGCUCGUGCCGGAGAUGCGGCGGAGCUCGGGGUGAUGGGAGGCAGCAGGACGACUAACUGCCCAUAGCACAGAUGUGAAGAUGGCGUCUUGCCCGGAGUUGUGCGGCUCGGAGUACGUUGAAGGAGGGCCGCAGCGCUACGGCGUCCGCUCCUACCUGCACCAGUUCUACGAGGACUGCACCUCCUCCAUCUGGGAGCGCCAUCACGACGAGUUCCAGACGCAGAGAUCGCCCAGCAGGUGGAGCUCUGUCCUCUGGAAGGUGUGUGUGGCGGUCGGAGCGGUGAUCCUGGUCUCAGGUCUGUCGGUACUGCUGGUCGGUUAUGCCACGCCCCCACGUCUGGAGGCAUUUGGAGAGGACGAGCUGCUGUUUGUGGACGGCCGAGCCGUGCGUUUUAACCGCGCCCUUGACGCCUGCAAACUGGGCGGAGCUGUGCUCUUUUGUGUGGGUGGGGCCGGGGUGGCAGCCGGCCUUCUCUUAUUGGCGGCCUGCGGGCAGGGCGGGGGCAAAGACGAGCUCCGCCUUCAGCGACGCUUCAAAGAGCGACUAGCAGAGAUCCAGGCGUCCGUCCCUAAUGCCGCGGACGCCAAGGUUCCCGUCACGCUGUCCAAAGUGCAGAACAUCCAGCCUGGAGCUGAACCCUGAAUUCCACAGACACUUCCGCGGCAUAAAGUCAACAUGGUGGAUCAUCAUAUAUCGCAUAAAUCUGUUUCAUUUGUAAAGCAGCCUAAGCCUGCUUUUACGCAUAAGAUUGCUUCACCAGUUACGAUCACACAGUGAUGCGUACGGCUUUACUUCCUGGUUCUUCUAGCAGCUGUUUCUGUUGAACUACUUGAACUAAAAUAAAUACUAAUCUGAGCAUUAUAUUAGAAAAUAUCAGAAAACUUAUUUAAGAAAAACUCACGACGUUGUUAAAUAGAACAACAUAUAAAACCGAUGACAGGCACAUACUGUACAUACUUUAUUUUGUUAUUGAAAUAUAGUAAUAUAUGGCUAAAUAUCACAAACGGAACAAAUUGCUGUAAAAUGUCACGUUUUUUUCUGUUAAAUAGAAAACUUUAUCAUAGAGUUUAUCAUAUUCAGUCAGUUCGAGUCUCAAAGUAGCAUUUUAAUGAUGCAAUUAAUUUCAAGAGGUCUUCAAGUUAAAGUGUAGUUUCGCUAAGUGACGCUACUGUACGCUCACACCAGCAGGUAAGAGAAGCGACAUUUUCUACUAAGAUAGCACAAAGCUAGUACCAGGCAAAACAAACAACCCAUUUUUAAACAGAAUACAUGAGGCCACUGUACGUGGUGAGUCGCUCGCUUGAUAGAAGCAUCUGUUUAGGGAUGACAUCAUCAUUAUCAUCAUCAUCAUCAUCAUCAUCAGUGGUUAACUAUACACCUAUAGAAAUAUUUCUGUGUUUCAAACAUUUAAUUAGACUUAAGAUUUUUCCAAAACAUGUUCAUUUUCUGUUCUUUUAAUGAACAUAAAAACGGUAUAACAGUUUUGAAACACCAUCUGGUCUGUUCUUCUCUGUAGAUGUCACUGCAGAGUCGAGUCCGGUAUUUCCUCCAGAAAUGCUUAUCGUUUAUGCUGGUUAUGAAAUCCGACGAGGUCAAUUUUGUCCCUCAUCGCUUUUCUCUGUAUCACGUUUCUGAUUCACGCCGCAUUUUACUUUCUAUGAAAAUUAUAAUAAACUUAGCUUACAAUGCUACAAAGAACGGUCACAAUCUAUUUCUAUUUUGCUGUUCUGUUUAAUCAGCUCUAUUUUAUCACACUGUGAUGAUGAUGGGGUUCAAAACAAAACCUUCAUCCACACGGGUCAUACUUCUGUUUGUCUGAUUGACGUCACUGUUUAUUUCCAUGGUUACGUUUGUCCCUACGAUGAUUAAAAUGUGUUAUUUCUUUCUCUUUGUGACUGACAUGGCAACCAAACCUAAACCUAAAUUCUAAUCAGGAGGAGAAAUACAAAUUUGAACAAUUAUUGUAAAAUUCACUUGCAAUUGUUUUUUGUUUUUUUUACAUUCUCAUGUACAAUAGUGUCAGAGAGUGAAACAGAAACGCAGAGUCUGUGGGACGGUUUAUGUCCUGAGUGUACCAUAUUGGUAAAAACUAUAAAAGCCAGGUCUACACGUGCGUCCACGUCCGCACUUCCUUACUGUCGCGUCUCAGCUUUGCUUUUCUUACAUUCUGUCUGAUCAUGUUUUUUAUUCGUAAUUGUCCAGUGUUAUCUUGGGAAAUGAAUGCGAUGCAUUUGAGGAUGAUUUAGAGAGGUGUAAUGUAAGAUUCUAAAAAUUCUGACUAGUUGUUUUAUUCAUGCCAUAUUUUUAUCAGUUCUUUUUAUUUACAGAGUGACAUCUUGCAAGUCAGGGGUUUCAGAAAUUUCCAGUGAUGUAAUGUCAAUGAAUUCGAAAUUUCAAAUUUGCAAAUAAAGCACAUGUAUUCAACUA